GCCUCCGGCCCACGGAGACACGCCACUCACCGGAGCUGCGUGAAGCGCGGCGGCGCCAAGUGGAGCUCGAAAGGGAGGAGCGUCGAAAGCGCCGUGAAGCAAGACUCAAGGAGGAGGUCGAUGAACAGGGCAACAGGCACCCCGCGGAUGAGGAGGAAGCUGUCACUGAGGCAGGCUCUUUGAUACCGGCUACCCGCUGGCAUACGCUUGGGUAUGUUGGCUUGAAGGUUAUUUUUUUAGAAGGCCUCCGUCACAUUUGCACUAUCGACAGCAAGUUUGUAGUAAGUGAGAUAAAGAGCCGUGUGAGUAGUUCGAUCCCCAUGUCCCUGCGGUCCUCUAGGACUUCGCACGUGCCGUCGACAGAAAGGAAGCCCGCUUCCAGAAGCUUGGCCUUCAGGGUUCGUUGUUGCGAUACCCGCCACCACCGGACUGAUGACAUCCAUGGAUAG